UCUGUGUUUGUCCGUCCAUUUUAUGUCAUCAAAAUCUUGACAAAAGUGUUUGGAAUUCUCAAAGGGAGAAGAACCCUAAUAUUUCUUUGGAUCUAAUUCUAUGGGGUUUUCUUCAUCAUUAUUCAUCUUACCUAAUAUAGCUGCUGCCCCUGUCCGUAAUUCUCUUCUUUCAUUUGCACCGCCGUCAUUCGUCUUCUUUCCUGUUUCCAUUCGCCCUUCUUCACUAGGGCACCUUGCCGCCGCCGCCGAUCAAAUCCAGAGACAGAGACAAUAUUCUCCUUCCGACCAAGAAAAUGUUCCUCAAGACGGACAUGAAUAUGAAUAUGAACACUCUCAAGUUGAAUCUCUCAAGGUCCCGGAUUACUGGUCUCAACCAUCCAAAGCUAUGGAGGAGUCAGAAUGGCUGAGGGUAAACCUGCAGAAAUGGUUAGACGAAGAAUACUGCCCGGAGGAAACCAACGUCCUGAUCAGCAAAGUCGCCGCCGGCUCGUUUUACAACUCAUUACUCAACAAACAAUCCGACCUGGGAGAGAUUCUAUUAAAAUUAGCCACUGAUUUGGAAUCGUCUGUCUCCUAUCAAGAAAGCUUUCACGGUGCCUUUUCAUCGGCAAACGCAGCCGUCAAUCUAAUCAUCCAUCGUAUGAACAUUCAACAGACUACAGAGUCUCAAUAAAUAAAUAGACACAUAUUGUUUCAAACAUGAUUAACUAGAUUGAAAAAAAGCAAACAUGGGGAAUUCAAAUUUCAAAUUAUUACUGUCUA